AUGUAUCAAGUGCCAAAUUACACCGAGAAUGUGUCAAUGAGAUUAUCUGAAGUAUUAGCUGAUAUAGGUGUUGAUGAGAGAAUAGUGCUGAAGAGGAGAAGAGCGUGGCUUCUGAAAGAAUCAAUGAUCAAUGUGAAUCACCAAUUAUGGAAUAAAAAUUCAUUAACGGAUUACUAUUUCGGUAGUCGAUCAGAAGGUACAACUACCAUAGGGCUUGAGUCAGACGCCGAUAUACUUUUGUGUUAUAAUAAUCAUCCAGUAAUACAAAAUUGGUGCGAAUGGAUACCUGGCAUACCUCAUCUUUUGAUGAUUCAAGAUAAUUCUGUAUCUCCUGGAUAUUGUUUACUUCAAUUGCUACAACGUGAUGCUCCUCUUCCUGCUGUUGGAGAAUUUAAUCGAUACUUCUUCAGAGAUAAAACAGGAAAAUUACUGCUAAAACAAUCUUUUUUCUCUGGUGGAAAUAUCGACAAAUUAUCAUUACAUGGACCAGCAAGAGUAGAUAAAGGAUCACAUUGUUUCUGUGAUAUGGACAUUGUGGGUGCUCUACAUUGUAAAACAUGGCCACAACAAGCUAGUCAAUGGUUGGAUCAACAAGGUGAAGGUCAGUGGCCGUCUGCGGAAAUGAAACAAUAUUGCAGUAGAACUGGAUGCUUUGCUGUCCCUGUUGGAUGUAGAGGGAGUGAAUAUGAGCAAUUUGAAUGGAGAAUAUCAACAUCUUUAGCUGAAAGGUGUUUAAUGCUAAAUUUGAAUAUAACACAGAUUCGCUGUUGUGUUUUGAUGAAAAUGAUUUUAAAAUCAUUCAUUAAGUCACAGUUUGAAGAUAUGAUUUCCAGUUACAUGUGCAAAACGGUACUCUUCAAAUGUAUUGCCAAUUUACAUUUUAAUAUCUGGAGAGAAAACAAUUUACUGUCUUGUCUAUCACUGUGCUUAUAUCUCCUGUAUAACAAUAUCAUUAAUGAAAACUGCCCACAUUUUAUCAUACCCGAGAACAAUUUGAUGAGAGGUAAGAUAUCACCUGUGGUCAAACCAUAUAUCCUGGAAAUAAUCAACAACAUUAUCAACAGUGUAGGAGUGGCACUACUUGGUAUUAAAUGUGAUGAUCUAGGUUCCAGGCUUCAUCACAAGUUUUAUAACGUAUGUCCAUUUAAAAUAAGUGAACAAAUUUCAGGACUUAUAUUAAAAGAAAUGGCUAGAUCUGUUUUACUUUCAUUUUAUUACAAUUAUUCAACUUUAAAGAACAAAAGUCCUUAUCAAGCCGUACAGACAUUAACAGACUGUAUAUCAAAGAUAUUAAAUGACCAAUGUGAGGGAUUGGUUGAGAGAGCCUGUCAACUUCUGUUGCCAAUGUACUGUACAAUACUUGCAUCUGUGCUGGCCUCAAUCAACAUCAAUCAGCACAACACUGUAUCAGCUGAUGCCCUUAAGCUCAUAACACUUGGUCUGAAUACAGAUGUAGCAUCAAGUAAACUGAAAUUAGCUUCAAUCUUUUACUGUGUACAAGAAAUAAAAAAAGCUGACCUGGUUCUCAGUGAGAUUGAAAGAAGAUAUGACCUGCAAGUUGUUGAACCAGUCUGUAGUUGUUAUAAAUUUAAAACAAAACAACUAAAACAAGGAUUCUAUGCAAAAUGUGACAAUCAAAAUGAAGAUGCCAUACAGUAUGUAACAGCAUCAUGUGUCAUAUUUCAGCCAUGUGAAAUUCACUGUGUACCCACUGAGCUCAGAUAUGAAAUGUUAAGAUCUACACAGGGGGACAGAAAUCUCCUUACAAAAAAUGAUGAUUGGAUGGAUAAUGCUGUGGUGGAUUCUCUCCCUUUCCCCUACUUUUUACACAAGGCAGAUUUGGGAAAAUAA